CUCUCUCCGUCUUCACGCGGCCCUCUGUUGGUUGUGUCCAGUUAGGAGCAGCCAGUCACUUCACAGCACACAUAAAGAGGGAGGUUGGGCGUCCAUCAACGCAUGAUGCUGUUUGAGCAACACUUCUGGGACUAAACAGACAAAAUGUCCCACACACUUGCGCCUGGGGAUGCGGAGAACCUGCGCAAAAGAUCCGUUGUUGAUUCAACAGAGAACUGUUUUGAUUCUGAGCAUCAUCACCGGAUUCCACGACUACAAACCCAACCUGAAAGGCUGUGUGUGCCCCAGCUUCCAGAGUCAGGCACAGUAACACCAUCCCCUGAUGCCUCUGCACACCACUUCUGCCACUACACACCAAAAUGUUUUCUCGCUGUCCACAGAGGAGCACAUGGCACCUCAGCCCGGUCCACUCCGUCACAGUGUGGCGAAGAGGGAUGGCAUGAGGGCACCUCAAAAACCACAAUCAGAGUUGAGAAUGAAGUGGAGGCACAAAGGGAGGCCAACAACUACAAGUUUGGCUUCAGGAAAUGGAUGGGCAAUGUAACCGAGAGGCCAUUUGAAGACAGAUCAGAAAUCAUCAAAGAGCUGUACAAUGAUCUUAGUGUUGUUAAGCCUCGAGAAGGCUCAGUGUUUACUGUUGGGAACAUAGCUUAUGUAUUCCUAUUUGGAUGGUGGAUCUCAUUAAUCUACUUCCUCCUGUGUCCUCUAAUGUUUCUGACUAUCCUUGGUGCCCCUUAUGGAAAGGUUUGUUUUAAGAUGGCGUUGUACUUUAUCUGGCCAUUUGGAAAGUUUAUAGAGAAGGCUGGGGAUGUAGUCAGUAGAUCCAGUGUGAAACGGACAAACUGUGAGAUCGUUCCUCAAGAGAAGGAUAAUGAAGAUCUUGUAGGGGAUAAGGACUGUGCACCCCUUCUAGUGUCCUCCCCUCUCCCCAUUGAGAUACCUGUCCCGACUCUGCCACAAAUAGGAACUUCAAACCACUGGUGUCGCAUCAGUACAUACAUUUGGUUGUUACUGGGUUACCCUGUCCUGGCUGUGGUCCACUCCCUUGCAUGCAUGCUGUCCUGGCUGCUGGUCUUCACCAUCCCGGUAGCCAAAAUGAACAGUCGCAUCCUCACCACUGUCCUCCUCAUGGCACCAGAGGAUGUUCAGGUGCACAAACUGGAAAAGACACUUGUGUGUGAGACCAGAGUUGUCUUAUGCAGUUAUCAGGCUUUUAACAUCUACUACUACAAAUACACUGUCCAAGGAAUCAACAUUUUUGCUCUCAACUUGCUACCCUUGGUAUUUAUCACUUUGAUUGCUGGCUAUACUGACCGUGAGCAUAAUUAUUUCAGUGGAGAGACCACAUUUGCCAUAGCCAUCACUUCCAUCAUUCCCCUCUCCUACUAUAUUGGCAUGGGAAUAGCCAGCAUUUCUGCACAGAGUAACUUUGCAGUUGGAGCUGUGGUAAAUGCAACUUUUGGCUCCAUCACAGAGAUAACCUUCUACAUCACAGCACUGCUGCGGGGGCAUCGUGCUUCCACCAAAUGCUAUGAAGAAAUCGUCAAAGCGGCUCUUACUGGGACCCUUCUCGGGUGUAUACUGUUCAUACCUGGCAUUUGUAUGACCAUUGGGGGUAUUAAACACAGUGAGCAGAGAUUUAAUAGUCGUUCAGCUGGAGUGAGCUCAGCUUUGCUUUUUAUUUCUAUUGGAGGUGUGUUUGCACCCACACUUUUCUCCAAAACCUUCGGUUAUCUGGUUUGUGAAAGCUGCUCAAAUAUUCCUGGCAAUGGCAGUGCACCCUUCAUCUGCAGGGACUGUCACUACGACACGACUCAAACUGACCCACAUCUGAUUCUGACCCAUAUUGAGCCCCUAGUGUACACUAUUUCUGUCUUGCUGCCUGCUUCAUACCUGAUUGGCCUCAUUUUUACACUGAAGACCCACUCCCACAUCUAUGAUAUCCAUAUCAGUGACUGCCAUGCAGGUCAUGUACACGGUCAGUAUGCACAAGACGGUACCAGCACCCACAACCCCACUGGCGAGGUCUCCACUGAUCGUCUGCCGCGCACCAACGUGUCUAUUAAUUCCAACAUUGUUGCUCCCGGCCACAUUGGUACAGGGCAUCACGUUGUGCACUGGUCCCGGUGGAGGGCUCUUGCAGUCCUGAUUGUUGCCACGGUGCUGAUGGCUUGCUGUGCUGACCUUUGCACUGAGAACAUUGAGCCAAUACUGACUAAUUCUUCCAUCUCACAGUACUUCAUUGGUGUCACAGUGUUGGCCAUGGUGCCAGAGCUUCCUGAGAUUGUUAAUGGGAUCCAGUUUGCGCUGCAAAACAAUAUUAGCUUGAGCCUUGAAGUGGGCAGCUGUAUUGCUGUGCAGGUCUGCAUGAUUCAGAUUCCACUGCUCAUCCUCUUCAAUGCAUUCCAUGAUGUUGGUUUUGUGCUUGUGUUCAGUGAUAUCCAUCUUUGGGCCAGCAUCUUUAGUGUCAUUGUGGUCAACUACAUCUUCAUGGAUGGAAAAUGUGACUACUUUCAGGGCACAGCUCUAGUGGUGGUUUAUCUCAUCCUUUUGGCUCUAUACUUUUUUGCUCCUCCUCCACGCUCGUGUUAAUCUGUGUGCCAAGAAGAUACUGAAGUCUCCAAUGUUUUAAUGCCACUUGAUACACACAUCAAAUCAAUGGUUCAGAGGCAAAAAAUAUCAUUUUUGUAAUGUCAUAUAAAUGUGAUACUUUGCAAAUGUUAUAUGUUUGAA